CACCACACCACGUACCGGUAGAUAGGCAGAAGGCACUGUCCCCAGCAUGGCGACAUUGAUCUUACUCGCCUUGAUCGCAGGUCUGAUGGCCGCCGACCCCGAUCCGUGCACCAAUUACGUCACCCUGGACGACGACAGACGCAUGGCACACAAUACUGUUAAAUACGACAGUUGUAUCUUUAAGGAUCAUCAACUGAAGACCUUGUGGUACCGGAUGGUGAGCACCACAAACAAUAAGUUGGUGUCACUGCGCAUGUACCAGCAGUGCCCGACGACACAAAGCUGUGGAACUGACCGACCUGUAUGGCUUAAAGGGACACAUCCUACCGUGGCGGAUGGAAUAGUUUCGAGAAAGGCGUGCGUCCCAAAUUUUACAGAGGAAUAUAAGCCAUGUUGCAGACGGGAAAUAGAUAUUAGAGUGAAGAAUUGUGGAGCUUAUUUUGUGUACCAGCUCAAUAAAACACACAUUUGUGAGGAAGUAUAUUGUUCAGCCAAGUACCCGUCACUGCUAAGACGUCCAAAGUUGAGGGGCCCAAAGAUCCUCAAAACAGCACAAGGGGUGGAGGAGUUUCGGUUUGGGUGCCACAUCCCGUACCCUGCACACGACGCCGAUGUCUUUUUUAUGGUGAGAUGGUUGUUUGACGGCAAGCCGUCCCCCGUGGCCCCGAUGUCCCAAAUCUAUUACGUGAAUGGAACCUCCCGUGUCCACUAUAUGAAGGACAUCCACAUGCUCCCAGCCGCCUACCACAUGAAUAAACAUGUGAGCUGCAGUGUCCAGCCAUUCUUCUAUCCACAAUGGAGCAAUCCCCAUGGCGGUAAACUUUGGGAAAGCAACUCAUAUUUUGCAGGUAUUCAGUUCAACCCACCUGUGGUACGAGUGGAAGAGAAGAUGCAGGCGGUCAAGGUGAAGGUCAUCUCAACAAUACCUGUGCUAUGCAAGAUCCCCAAUGCGGACCCUUCCAAGUGUGUGGUUGAUUUUAACCUGGAUUUAGGAGAAGGUAACGAAGUAGUUGCGGAAGAGUGCUCACUACAGUUGACGCGAGCACACUGGAGAGACAGAAGAAAACGAGCAACCGUCUCCACUAAACUGCUGUCUGUCAGGGACUUUGUAAGCGACGGAACGAAGAAUGUCUCCGCAGUAUUCCAAAAGCUUUCUGCCGUUCAGGCACCUCUGUUCCACCAGUUACAGCCGCCGGACAUAAGGGUCGAGAGUAGCAGCGAUGCCACAGCCAUGUGCAGCUGUACCGGAGACCCACACUGCACCCCAUUCGAUCGGAAAGAAACCUUCCAUAUGUACAGUGUUGGCGAGUUUGUACUGGCUAAGAGCACGUCCCGACCAUUCGAGGUUCACAUGCGCACCUGGAAAUGUAAUUCUCGCGGGGCGAGCUGUAUCUGCGGCGUGGCUGCACGCGAAGGCAAUGACGUCAUCUUGAUUGACGGAUGUCACAGUGUUGGACUAAAGAUGAAGCAAAUGCGAGUAACAACUCACGUGAAGUCCAACAGUCAAUUGGCGGCAGGGACGCGUAUAAAGCGUAACAAAGAUGGCAGAAUCAUUGAGGUAUUUUUCACUUCGGGUGCAUAUCUGAAGGUAUUAUCUAACCGGCGUAGUCUCGGUGUUUACCUGACGGUGCCCAGUGACGACUUUGAAAAUACCGCCGGUAUCUGUGGGGUGUUCAACGGAAACGGUUCAGAUGAUCUUACGGGAUCCGACGGCGUUAAACACCGCUUUGAGAGAAUUCCUUAUGUUUUCACGGAGAGUUGGAGGAUUCAGAAAGGCCACAGCCUGUUUGACCAACUGCCUCCCCCAGAACCCUCCGCUAGUACAAAUAAUCCUGCCUUUUGUCAGUGCAACAGAAGAACAGGAAACAUUGAUUGCCGCCCUGAGAACAGACAACGUAAUCCUGUCAGAAAGAUUAACAGGAACAAGGACAUCACAGACGAGGUGAACCGGAAAUCGCGUCUGCGCAGGUCUACAACAUUUACUGACACAGCCACUGACUCUGACAUGACGUAUAAUUACGAUUAUGGGGACCUAAAUGCUACGGCUGUGAAUGUCAAGUGGUCGAGUUCAGCCCAGAUGAAGGCUGCCAUAAAAUUGUGUACUGAUGCUGCUAAGGCUUCCAGUGCCUUCACGCCUUGUGAGAAGUCGGGCUUAGUGAACGUGCAGGAAAUAGUAGACGGUUGCGUCGAUGACAUGAAGAUCACCAAUGGAGACAAGACCUACCUUGACUCUGUAGCCAGUACCUUUGACACCAUUUGCCAGGAGGAGAUUUUGAAGGACCCAAAAUACUACACAGCACAACCAGAUGAAGCGAGCGAUCCAACGGUGACCUGGGGAACUACAGGUACAAUGGGAAUACCAUCGUUCAUAUCAAAUAUGUGCUCCACUCCAUGUAAAAACGGGACUUGUGUCAACGGCGCCUGCGUAUGUGACAAGAACUGCGUCGGCGAUGACUGCUCUGUGGACACGACAAAACCGCCGAUAGCGUUUGGUUUGACAAGAUCGGAUGCCUGUGAUAUUCGAACGCGUCCGUGUCGUCUAGUCUUCCUUGUCAUGGGGAAUGUAGCAGAUACGCCGGGUCUUUGGUGUCGAGUGAAGGAAAGAGUAAACUUGGGUCCUUUCGGCGGUGUCCUUAGAAUGUUUAGGACCAAAGGACACUUCCAGAGCUAUGCAGAGGUAUCCUGUGAGAUUCCAGAAUCUCCCGUACACAAAGGAUUGAAGACCUCUUCUACCUACCAGAUAUCGGUCUCCAGUGACGGCACCACGUGGAGCAGUGACGUCACGUUUGUUGUCUAUGACUCACUGUGUCAGAUAUGUGGUGCUGAUGGGACAUGCACACUGAAGUCCCGGACCUGCAGUAUAAAUGGCAAGUGUUAUGCUGCCGGGGAACACAAUCCUGUCAAUAGAGGGAGUAUGUGUAUACCCUCCCUGACAGCCUCCGAUUGGUCAUCAACUUAAACUACCGUGAUGUUCGCACGCGAAAUUCAACGGUAACCAAUAACAAGGGGAAAAUACAAACGUGUGACAAGAACUCACUUAGAGAAACAAUUUCAAUUAUUGAAAUAGCUUUGGUUUGCGUCUUAUAUAAAACAGUAUGGUUAUUAAAUGCUCCGCAUGCAGCUUUUAAAGGUCGUCAACACAACUUGUGUGCCUUAAUGAAGGAGGUCCUUCAUUGAAGGUGUAAUGAACAAUGAACUUUGAUGGCUGGAGAAAAGCCACUGAUUGUCUGAAAUAUCUAAUGUUGUCUUAAAUGAGUAGAAUUAUUGAUGAGAUUAAAAUUUGCAUUCAACCUCCCUUUUUUUUGCAUAUUUGGUUCAUGCUUCACUUCUGUUUAAAAUGAAUAAAUUCACGAUGCAGUCUAAAUAUAUAUUGUC